GAGAUCUUGAAGAUCACCGUUUCGAGUCAUUCUCGGAGAUAUCCGCCACACGACAUCGCACCAUGGUCGACUUCGCCCCAGAACAGCUCGAGGAGUGCAUCUCGCGGCUGAUGGCACCCAACACCCAGGUCAUCAAGGAAGCGGAAGCUCUGCUGAAGCAAUACAUCGGAUCGCCUGCGUCCAUCCUGGGGUUGAUGACCCAGUUGCAAGGGUCGUCGCGCCCGGAAGUUCGCCAAUACGCGGCGUUGCUCAUGCACCUGAAGAUCUCGUCGCACUGGUCAAACUUUGACGUUCCCACACGCACUGGCCUCGCGCAAGCGUUGCUCCAACGUGUUGUGGAAGAACCCAUCGCGGUCGUGCAAGUCGGCAUUGCGCGCAUCAUCGCCGCCGUUGCCGCCGAAAUUAUGCCGGAAGGCCAAUGGCCGGAACUGUUCAACUUGAUCACGACGUGUGCUGGGAACGCCGCGAGCGCGCCCGCGCGGUACCUCGCCAUGCUGUUGCUCAACAAGUUGAACGAAACGAUUGGCGACCAACUGAUUGAACAGUUCCAAAACGUCAAGGGCUUCUACUUGAACGGGCUUAAGGACGCCGAAAUGAAAGUUCGCGUUGAAGCUAUGCGCGCGUCGUGCGGCAUUGCGCCAUUCCUGGACGAAAACGAAGUCUCGGACAAGAAGACGGCAACAGACUUCCAAACGCUUGUCGAGCCCAUGAUCGACAUCCUCAAAGCAUGCAUGGCGGCACAGAACGAACAAGAAGCGUGCGACUUUAUGGAGUCGUUCACGUCGCUGUCGGAGAUCUCGUUCCCGCUUCUCACCAAGGCGAUGCCGACCCUCGUGCACCUCCUCCUCCAAAUCUUCAUGGCCCCCGAUGUCGAACAGUCGACGCGGUCCGCGGCCAACUCGUGCCUGAACUCGAUGAUCGAAAACAAGCCCAAGGUCAUUUCCAAGUCCAACCUGGCGCCAACGAUUUUCAACGCAAUGAUCCAAGCGAUUGCGGCCGACACGGUGUCGGCGAGCGGGGUCUUCUUCAGCAUCUUGCAGGAAGAAAACGACGAAGACGAAGAGGAGCAGAUGACGCAAAUGGCGCAGCGCACCCUCGACUACAUGGCACUGAGCUUGUCGCCCAAGACGCUCAAACCGAUUAUCCUCCAGUGCGCCCAUCAAGUCGUCGGGUCCACCAACCCCAACAUGCAAAAGGCUGGUGUUCUCGCGCUCGGCGUCGUGUCCGAAGGCUUGUCCGACUUCAUGUCGGAGAACCUCGCGAGCGUGUUGCCGCUCAUCUUUUCGGCCGCGUCGUCCACCCACCACAACGUCCGGGAAGCCGCGUGCUUUUCGCUCGGCCAGUUUGCCGAGUACCUCCAGCCCGAGAUUCAAUCGCACUAUGCCGAGAUCAUCCCCGUUGCCCUCGCGCUCCUGGACGACCCGACGCCGGCGGUCAAGGCAACGUCGUGCUAUGUUCUCGAAGUCUUUACCGAGUCGAUGGAGCCGGAAGAGAUCGAGCCGUUCUUGAACGGACUCGUCGAGAAGCUUGUGGUGCUCGUGCAAACCCAAAAACCCGGCAUCCAAAAGUUGGCCAUUUCCGCGUUGGGCAGUGUCUCGGUCGGCGCCAAGACCAAGUUUGAGCCGUACUUUUCCGGCGUGUGCGAUUUGCUGCAGCCGUUCUUGGGCAUCACGGACAAGAAGUACUUGCAGCUGCGCGCGACCGCGAUCGAGUGCCUCGGGUACUUGGUCGUCGCCCUGGGUGCCGAGAAAUUUGGCCCGCACAUCCAAACGAUCAUGCCGUACGUGUUCCAAACGAUGCAAUUCCACGACGAAGAGCUCAACGACAUGUGCAUGGGUUUUAUCAUCAACGCGAGCAACAUUUACAAGCAGGCGUUCUUGCCGUACGCCGAAACGUGCGUCCAGGCGAUCUUGCCCAUGCUGACGCCGGACAACGGCGUCGAAAUCUGCCGCGACAACGAUCAAAAGCUCGAAGCGUUCGAAGACGAAGACGAGAUCGACGCGACCGAACACUACUUCAAGGUCCACACGGCGACCACGGAAAUGCUGACCCGGGCCGUGCAAUGCAUUGAAGCGCUUGCGACGAACCUCGGCGGUGCCUUUGACCGCUUCGUCCCCGACAUCUUGGUCGCCAUGUCGUUGAUGGUGGAAACGAUCCACGAAACUGUGCGUGCGGUAGUCCCGGAAGCGUGUGCCGCGCUCGUGGUUGUGUCGUUCUACGCCACGACUCCUGCUGCCCAGGACGGCGACGUCAAGGCAUGGUCGCAAGGUCAGUUGCUGGAGCUACACCCUCGCACCAAGCUCCUCUUGGACAAACUGAUGGGCCCUCCACUCGGCGACGUUGAAGCCGGCCAAAUUCAGAGCGUGUUUCAAGAACUCCUCCACGACGACGAUCCCAGCGUCGUCGAAGGCACGCUCCGGUCGCUCACGACGCUCACGACGGAACUCGGGGCGGUCGUGUUGGCGCCGUAUUUUGACCUGAUCGGCAAGUUCACGGAAUCGACGCUCGAACUCAGCUCCGACGACACCGACGGUCAUGGCCACGACGAAGAAGACGACGAGGACGAAGAUGGCGAAAAGAGCACCGUUGUUGACUUGCUCACCGAGCUGUUUGGUGCGAUGGCCAAGGCGUUCGGCCCGGGCUUGUUGCCAUUGUGGACGCCGCUCUUCCCGAAGUUCAUGGCAUACUUCAACGUUGGCAUUCACUCGGACAAGGAUCGUGCGGCCAUCCUUGGGUGCUUUGGCGAAGUGCUCCCGGAACUCCAAGCGGCUGGCGCCCAGUACGUGUCUGAAGUCGUCCCCGCCUUGUUCAAGGGCGCGGCGUCGGCCGACUCGUCGCUCCAACGCAACUCGGCCUUUAGCCUCGGCGCAAUUGUGCGGAUGAGCGGUCCUGCACUCGCGCCGCAAUAUCUGCAGCUCCUCCAGGCACUCGCCCCGCUCUUCAACGCCAACGACGAAGCCGUGGUCGACAAUGCGUGCUCGGCCGUGGCGUCGAUGAUCUCGACCGCGCCGGAAGCUGUCCCGCUGGACCAAGUGUUGCCCGUCUUCUUGAAGGCGCUGCCGCUCAAGGCCGACUUUUCCGAAACGGAAAACGUGUACGGCGCGCUGUUCAAGCUGCUCGAAAUGCAACACCCCGUCGCAAGCCAACACAUGAGCACGAUCCUCUCCAUUUUUGCUCAGUCGCUUGGUGAAAACUCGGACGUGGACGAAGAUGUCCAGAAGAAGAUCGUCGCAUGCUUCAAGUGGCUCGCUGCGUCGUUUCCCGAUCAAAUGCAGGCUGUUGUGUCGGGCUUGAUCGCUGAACACCAAGCGACCUUGCAACGGGCGGCGCUGUAGAGCCAGCCCCCCUCUCCGUUUGAACGGAAUGUCGAGAGUAGAUUUUAGGAAGGUAUUGUGCGUGUGAUUAACUUUAUUUUGGCGCUGUGGCUCAUCUCUUGCUCUUUUGUCCACACGGCAUCGCUCGUUCGACCUCCCGUGGUAUGUGAACUCGAAAAUUCGACUGACGUUGGAGUGCUCGCCACGGCACUCUUCACGGGACAUAUCCGUACGAACGGAAUGUCCUGCGAUCGCUCGACUCACUUCAUAGAGCAACCCGCUUCAUGGUGCUCUUACAACGAUGUU